CACUUGACUGAGUUGGGGCUCCCGGGUAAACAUUAAUCAAUCGGUCGCGGGGAAUAUCUGGAGAUUCGCUUGAAGAACCCACCCUCUCCAUCACGGGGUACUCAGUGCUUUCGCCAAGGCGAUUAAUGGCAAUCAUUAGCGAUCACGAAAUGAGAAAGUGAAGCGGCGAAUUCGGGUGGCUGUCACUUGAAUGCUGAUGCUGAAUUGACGUCGUCCAGUAACCUCUUAAACCUUCCUUUGCUCUUUUGAGAGACGGCUAAAAGUGCGUGCGUUGGAACCCAAAUCCAUUAUGCACAUAUACUACUGGAGUUUCCAUGUGGAUUACUGAUGCAAGAUGACAACAUGAAGAUUGUGUUCUGUCAACCGUAUGACAUCAUGUUUCGAGGUAGAAGCCUUUCACAGCCGACACGUACAAUGGAGUGACCGCACAUCGCAAGUACACCCGAGUACACCGACCGACUGAUGUCUCGCCGCUCUCUGACCAGACGUCCCUGCACUGUACUGCAGUAUCAUUUCAGCUGCAAGUUCAACUUCUCAAAUAUUGCCUGAUCACGCGAGGACAAGAUCUGAGUGCAAGUACUAGACUCCGUUGCCGGUCCCUGCAUGACCCGUGUGCUUCGAACAAGCCCGUGCACCCCAAGGAAAUCAGGGGGACAUUGCGAUCGCCGACCGAACAGUGAGCUGGUCGGACCAUAUAGCAGAGCAAGGAUGCUGUUGGCCUACGACUGGCGUUAGUGCUCGGUUGGGGCAGCAGCCAAGACGCUUUCACUGCAUGUACAUGUACACUUGGAUUACGAUAUACAGGUGCCUGAUUACUGUGAUAUGCCGAGAAGAUAUAAUUAGACUUUGACUUGUUGGCGACAAAACAAAACGAAAACACAUAUCCCAAAACCCACGCAUAUGCUGUACACAUUACCAGAGAGAAAGACCGAUACAAACUUCUUUAAUUUCACGCGGACAAAAAUAAUUAAGCCAAAACUUGGUGAGGUCAACCAAAGCCAACCGAAUUUAUGUCAACCAUUUAGGAAUCGGAGGGGAGGAGUGUUCAAGUACGUGGAGUGUUCAGGAUAUAGUACGACAGUAGCCAUGACGCAAACCAUGGACCCGGUAGCUGGCUGCGAUGUGGUUCAAAGCGAGAUCAGCAAAGAGAGCCGGUCUGCAGGCAACAGUAACAACAACAACAACGUGGUCAGGUGCUGUGCCGGCUGCGGCUGUAAGAUCGUGGACCGGUUCCUGCUGCACGCCGUGGACAGGUUCUGGCACACGGGCUGCCUGAAGUGCUCCUGUUGCAGUGUGCAGCUGGGAGAAGUGGGUCCCUCUUGCUUCUCCAAGGGCGGCAUGAUCCUCUGCAAGAAAGACUACAUCAGGUUAUUUGGUGUGAGUGGAGCCUGCUCGGCCUGCGCCCAGCAAAUCCCGGCAAACGAGCUGGUCAUGCGCACCCACAACAAGGUCUACCACCUGAAAUGUUUCUCCUGCAGUUCGUGCCACAUACAACUGGUGCCCGGCGACCGCUACACGCUCAUCAACGGCAGCCUGGUAUGCGAGAACGACCACAGCAAAUUCUUCAAAGCGCACGGCGUGUCAUCGGCAGUUUCUGGGUUCAGGCCCGGUAAUAAGGUCUGUUGAGAAUUGUUGGAGCUUUUGAAAUGAAGAGGAUCGCACGACCAUCAUCGCACCACGUGACGGCGCUCCUUUGCUGCGUACCUCAAGCGACAGUCAAGCCAUUGCGAGCAACCUGUGCCGAACGUGGCCGCCUUUGAAGCUGCGGGUCAGGUCGUCAUUCAACUCGUCAUGUUGUCAGCCACGCAGGAUCGCCCGUGUUGACGAGCUAUAGCAUUCCAUGCAGUAUCACCAAAUGAGGGCGCUAUAAUUUGGGUCCAUGGGAACUGGAGUUUCCCUCAAAAAUAGUGGUGAACUUCGUUUGCAGUGUCAAGAAAGUUAACCACUUUUUCGCGCGGUUGUAGCCACUGUGUAUAUCAGUAAGAGUUACGGUACUCUCCCACGUUGAAACAGCUUUGCUUUCCGUGUUAUAAUCCGAUGUCCAUGCGCCCGCGCUUACCAUGAUAUGGUAAGAUUCUAGUCCAUGACGUAAUCGAGCUCGGGUCCUAAAAAUGAGUUUACGUGUUGAUUUAAGAUAGCACGCGUUUAAUUUUUUUAAGCAACCAGAAGCAUUGUUGGCGCCCUCAUUUGGUCAAACGUAGGCAACUAUUUGUGACAUGGACCGUUUCAGUUGAGCCCGCCGUCGGCAUUCAACGGGUCAGCAUGAAUAGUUGGUUAGUCUGCACAGAUGAUAUUACACCGCUUCAGAGGUGACUGCCGAAAUAGGUGCGCAAAGGCAGCUGGUGUGUCUCCUGUGCUGCAGCGGCACGGACACAUUCUUUGGAGUCGAGGUACCAGGUGUCGUCUUGGCCCGUGUAAAUGAACCUCGAUAUGCAAAGCAGCGUGGUGUUUGUUACCAGGGAUCCUCAAGGAGAACUCGUGGCCAACCACAGUGCAGCUCUCAGCGGACAGUGGCGCUGAAGCUCUGACUGAGAUCAGUGGAACGCUCACAGACGAGUUGAGAUGAAUUGUGGGAAUAUGUAUGUGUGCUCGCUGUCUUGCUCAUGUACACCCUCGUGAUAGUCGUUCGUGACUUAAAAACCAAAUAAUGCCUGCUACAUCGAGCAACGUGACACCGUACUACAAUCUGCAUGAACAACGCAACCGUAGUUAAGACAGAGACGAAUUCCUCAGUGGGUUAAAUGUCAAACAUCCCGCUAGGUGCCAAUAACGUGGGAAGUCUUCAUAGUUGGAGUGCCCGUCGUUGAUACAUGUACAUGUACGGUACAGGGGUGCCUACAUGUACAAUGUAUAUGAAUUGUUAAUGAUGAUCUCAGUGAAAUACAUUUUCAAGGGGGUUUUGUCUGUUUUAACUUACGUUUUGCAGUUUGCACGUCGUAGCGACUCUGAUGUGCCCUAUUUUGUGGCAGGCGAUCGCAGCAACAAGGAUUCGUCCCUCACUCGUGAACUCCGAUCCCAUACUGAUCCAUGCAUAAUCUCACCUUGUCGUCACGUUACAGCUGUGUCGAAUAACAGCAACCCGUUCCACCGCUCCACCAGGAAGACAGUAUACUGAACACAGGGCUCAGUGAAAACUGCCGAUGUGUAUAAAUUAAAACGUCAAAGUGUAUCAGGCCAUCGAGCAAGAAGAAGUUGCGGACCAUAAAAAGCUCGUAAUGUCUUGGAAAUAAAAUAUAUGUAUAUAGGGUUUGGAAUGAGAAAGUACUGGAAUAAUUCUGGAGUGUAUUAUAACACAUAGAUGUGUACAUAUUUCUUCAUAGGUGUAUAAAGAUAUAGCUACUUACAGUACUUAUCCUUCAAAUUUGAUAAACCAAUGAAAUGUGAAAGAAUUUGCUUGAUGUCGACCUUUUGCAUCGGAGAAGUGGAUGUUUUUCUUUUGGUAUGAUUGUUGUGCCAUAAGACCGUUGAACCGUCUAACCAUUGUGCUGAAGAUUCAGUAGAUGUAUAAGAACAAAUAAUUUGAACCUGACCCACACUGGAGUUAAGCUGUUGUCCUUGAGAUUGACCCAGGGCCGGAUUUAUCCAACAGGCACAGCUGGAACUGCGCCAAGGUCCCACAAAAAUGAGGUUCCCAAUGAAGGUUUAAGGGCCUACGAAAGUGCCCGUAGGUGUGAGGUUGUAAAAUCGGAUUCUCGGUUCUGGUAAAGCUUCAAACUUGCUUGCUCAUAGUUUACUUCAGCCUAUUCCACCAAUUAACGCAAAAUGCACGGCACCAGUGGUGACCGACACUGGGGCGGAGUGGGGCCUUUGGAGCACUCACGCCACAGGGCCUAUCUGGGACAUUAAUCCGACCCUGGAUUGAGUCUGCUUAAAUACUACUUGUCUCAAGGUGGGCAUGGGUCAUUUUGUCAUACCAGGAAAUGACUUGGGGACUAAAAGUUCAGAGGUCAACAUUAAAUCCUGACGGAAAACCCUUCAAAAGAAGUAACCCAAAAGAUCUAGUUCGACAAAAGAGCUUAGAAUGCCAAACAACGUAAACUUUGAAAAGAGUGUCCAUCAGGGGCAUCAUUUGUGUUACCGCUGUUCACUGACAUAAUUCGAAUCGUUACUGAUAUGGAUCGCUGUAUGUUUUAACAACCCGGAACACCUUAUACUGAGAAUAAGAAUGUCCGCGGAAGGACACUCUCUCUUUACUUUUUUUCUAUACGUUCUCCUUUAUUUUGUGAAUUUGGCCUCAUGGCCCAAUACCAGUAUUGAACGUUGUGACUUUUUCGGGGUCCCUUCAAUUUCAGCAUGAAUUUUGUGAGGAGUUUCUGCUUAACGUGACAACCAGUUAUUUGUAACAAGUCAACUGUGAGUUUUAACUGUUCAUAUGUAAAUACAUGAUGCAUAUGUAUAACCCGAGUGGUACGUGAUAGUUAAGCAAAUCUUAUUGAUCAACACAUUACUGGAUUCUAUGUCCAGGACUGGUUCGUAUUGCGUGUUGGUUAUUAUUUUUGUUUGUGAAUAAAUUUUGAUUUCAAAGAAAUCGGGUUCUUUUUCAAUAAUAUUAUUAGUUACCACACGAUUGCGAGUGUAACACAGAAUAACGUAGUGCGUUUGUGUCCCGUAUACCACGAGGCCCAAGUGCCUGAAGAUAAUAUAUAGUUCUGGGGACAGGAAGAGCUUUGGAAGGGUUGCAAAGGGACCACAAAAUAGACGGAACAUUUACUCAAAACUCACUGGCUCACUGUUUUUGAUCAAAUAAACAUGCUAUUCUGUUUGGAUAUUCUGAAGUAUGAAAGGAAAGAGACUGUACCAUUAGAGGAAUUGGCACCUUUUGCCUUGUUGGUAAUAAGAGUGUAAAGAUUAGAUUUUUGAUAUAAAUCCCAAAAUAACCAGCCUUUCGUUUUGAGGUCUGCCGAACGCUUUACUCAAACACUACGGAAUAUGUCAUAAUGGCUCCGAGCUGGACCAAGACAGGGCGCAACUUUCCAAGCAACGAGGGCUCCUUUGGUAUUAACUACGCAUCGCUAGUUCACGAACGACUAUGAAACGUAAGCGUUGCAGUCGCAUCGCUACCAUCAAAAUGAACACUCCCGACCAACAUGGCUCUUUUAAACCGAUGAGGGGUGGUUUUGCUCAGGGAGGAGAGGAUACGACUUCCCUGUUUGCUCAGACGAUAAUUUUGUCAUUAAUUGUGAAUUUAUCGACCUGACGUUGAGGGCAGUGUCGAUUGUCGGUCGCAUCAUUUCUUACUGUCCGGAAGACUCAAAUUAUAGGCCUACAUGUACAUGUAUGUGUAUACUGUUUUAGACGUGAAGACGAUUAAAUACCAUGAAAUCAA